AUGAUUCUGCAAAAUUUAAUUGAAUUAAUAUAACAAAGCGAAUUUAAAAUAAGACCUGUAUAUUUGUGUGUUACAAUCAGCUCGAAGAUUUUUAAAUACGAUCGGUUUUAUCUUUACUUUUUUGGUGUGUUUACUCUUUCGCCGGUAAAGUAAACCUCGCAUAUUUUGUGUGAUUGUUCGUAGUAGUUUUCGGAUACAACUGCUCGGUAACAGUUGAAUACAUGCAUGGCAAUAAAACAUAAUGUGAUAGUUUAAGAGCGGGCGUGGCGAUUGCGGUCCUAAUUGUUGGACAGGACAUUUGAUUUUAUUUCAAGCGAUUUUUGAGGGUUAAAAUUAUACCGAAACAUGAUGAAAAGCAUUUGUUUUAUUAGUUAGUACGUACUAGUGCUGUGUCGGUCUAAAUUGUGUCUGUGAGACUAUUGAAACCCCUUAUAGGAUUAAGAAGAUCGGGGCUGGAUGAGGCUGUUUUACCUUAUAUAAGGAGAGCACAAAGAACACUAUGCACACUAUGAGAUGUCGAUGCGCAUUGCCUGUUGCUACAACAAAGCCAGCCCGUUCAAACAAAAAUGUUAUUCUGAAAAUGGAGACUAUGCAGGGUCCUUUAGCUCUACUCAGGAAAUACACGACAGAAAGAACCAGAAUCAAGAUUAUCACACGUAAUGAAAAGGGGGUUCGAGGUUACUGCAUGGCUUAUUUGCUGGCAUUCGACAAACAUUUCAAUCUCGUCCUCGACAAGGUUGAUGAAGUCUGGCAUAGGUCAAUUAAGGUCAAUAAAAGCCCGUUAUUGAUAGAUUCGGUCCCAGAAAAUAUCAAUAGCAGCUCAAGAAAACGUGCAAAUAUACCGACAAUUGAGAGGAAAAAAAUCAGUAAAAAUACUGAAGAAUGUAGAAGACACGUUAAUCAAAUGUUAAUGAGAGGUGAACAUGUAGUCUUAAUAUGUGUACCUAAUGCUGAACAUACCAAGUAGUAGAUAGGAUAUAUACUACUUCUAUUUGUUUUAAAUCUCUUUAUAAUGCUUUCUGUGCAUAUUUUUCAGAUGUUGUUAUGUGAGAAUGAAACAUAGGUGGUUUUUUUCUGGCUUAA